AUGGAUGGAUGCAGGAAUGGCCUGGCGGAUGGACAAAUGGACACAAACUCAAGCUCAUUUUGACCAAAGCCUUUCCUCAAGAGCCCUAGGGAUGCCGAUCUCCCUUUGGUUGCGUCUUCCUUUGGAUUUUGGGAGUUCCUGACCUGCUCAUUGCAACCCCCGUGGCUCCACAUCCCCACCUGGUCCCUCACAGGUGAAAGUCUCCUCCUCCACCCCAAACAAGGGGGUAUUUCUUUGCGGGGUCAACUGGGUUGAAAAAUCAUUUUAAAAACCCCCCAAAGCCACCGCCGAGCUCCAUGGCUGGGGCUCCCUUGGCACCGAGAACGUCCCUGACAUCCAGGCGGCAGCCGGAGCAUCUGUGCCGGAGGGCUCGGGGCGGCGGUGGGGAGGGAGAGAGGAAAUCUGGAACCCAUAAGCUCCAGAGCCGCUGGCGUUCCCCUGCAUUGGUCUGCGCCUGGUCCGCCCCCGCCCCGCUCGCCCUAUCAGCAGGAGCCGUUCCCGAAGUCAUCCCAGAGCCCUCCUCUCCUGGCCCAAAGGAAAAGCCAAGGAGCUCCUUGGAGGGCUCUGCGGGGCUUGGGGCGCCCGGGGAGCCCCAGGGCGAAUGCUCCGGGCCGCGCCUCGGGAGCCCGGGGAGCCGAGGAGAUGAAGGAGGAAAACCUUUCCCCGGAGUCCCCCGAGGGCAGCGCGGCCACCAGCGAGGACGAGGCCGAGCGGCUGCCCAGGAAGAGCGGCCGCAAGCGCGGGCAGGGCCCCAGCGGAGCCCCCGAGGCUCAGGGCAAGCGCAGCCGGCGCAGCCCGGCCCCGCAGCCCCCCGAGGACGCCCACGCCCAGCGCGUCAUCGCCAACGUGCGGGAGCGCCAGCGCACCCAGUCCCUCAACGACGCCUUCGCCGAGCUGCGCAAGAUCAUCCCCACGCUGCCCUCGGACAAGCUCAGCAAGAUCCAGACGCUCAAGUUGGCCGCUCGCUACAUCGACUUCCUGUGCCAGGUGCUGCAGAGCGACGAGCUGGACCACAAGGUCGCCACCAGCUGCAACUUCCUGGCCCACGAGAGGCUCAGCUACGCCUUCUCCGUGUGGAGGAUGGAGGGCGCCUGGUCCAUGUCGGCGUCGCACUGAGCUGGGUCUCCGCCUCGAUGGAAGCAGCUCCAGCACCCAAAACCCCACAGGAACCUCCCUGG